GAUGCGGCGGGACGCGGAGUAGCUGCCGGGGGAAUGGUGGAGCGCGCCGUAGCCAUGAAGUACAAGAAUCUUAUGGCAAGAGCCCUGUACGAUAACGUCCCCGAAUGUGCAGAAGAGUUGGCCUUCCGCAAAGGAGACAUUUUGACGGUGAUAGAACAGAACACCAAAGGUCUUGAAGGAUGGUGGCUCUGCUCCUUACACGGCCGGCAAGGCAUCGUCCCAGGCAACCGUGUGAAACUCCUGAUAGGUCCAGUGGUACAGGACGGUCUGUCUGGCCAGGACAUGCCCAGCUCAGGAUUGAUGAAUCAAUCUUUCAACCAGCAAAAGAUCUACCAAGUGCCAAGCUCACACGCUGUAGCACGGGACCCUGUCUACCAAGUGCCACCUUCCCAUCAGAAUCAGGGAAUUUACCAAAUACCCACUGGUCAUGGUCUAGUGGGACAAGAUAUUUACCAGGUGCCACCCUCCAUGCAGAGGUGUGCUGAUGGUCCAGCUCUGACUAACAAGGUAAUAACGCCCGUGAGGUCAGGACAAGGUUAUGUUUAUGAACUCCCUUCCAAAUACCAGAAGGAUACCUACGAUAUCCCCCCUGUUCGGCCUCUCCAAGGGGUAUAUGACAUUCCCCCCACAUCAGUUAAGGGGCCUGCACUUCCAGUUCACAUGGGAGAAGCAAAAGCUUUAGGAGUGUAUGACGUACCACCUGCCAAAGGGGUCUAUGCUACACCUCAAUCUGCAUGCCAAGAUGAUACAGGCCUGAGGGAAAAUUUGCAGGAUUUUUCAUCUUCACUGGGCCACAGUGUAAGACCAGAAGGAGCAUAUGAUAUUCCUCCUCCGAUCACCAAAGCAACUGGAAAAGAACUUAAUAGAUUUUCCCCUGAGAGCCUGUUAUUGCCGGGUGGAAUGCCACAGACACAAAGUGUUUAUGACAUCCCUAUGAACCAUCAAAACCAUUUUCUUGGACAGCAAAUUGCAGCUGAAAAAGAUGUUUAUGAUACCCCGAGGGGCAUUGCAUUUCCAGGACAACAGGCAGGACUCAGUAAAAGUCUCAUUGCAGAAGGAAGAGAAGGUGUAUAUGACGUGCCACCAGCAGUCCUCCAAGACAAUAGAGGCUUACAGGAUGUGACUGAUGGGAUGAAUAGGUUGUCUUUCUCCAGUACAGGAAGCACAAGGAGUAAUAUGUCCACAUCUUCAACAACAUCAAAAGACUCUUCUUUUUCAGCAUCAACUGCACAGGACAAAAGGCUAAUCCUUGAUCCAGACACUGCUAUAGAGAGGCUUUAUCACCUCCAGCAGAUGGUGGAGACAGCUGUCAAUAACCUCACAGCCUUCAUUACACCAGACUGGCGGUCCUAUGGAUAUAUGGAGAAACACAUCAAUGAAAUUCACACUGCUGUGGAUAAAGUAGAGCAGUUGCUGUGGGAGUACCUGCAGUUUGCAAAAGGAUCAGCAGCCAAUGCUUCCUGCCUAUCUGAAUUCAGCCUUCUUAACAAAAUGAGGAGGGAGGUGCAAAGGCUGGAGGACUCUCACCAGAUCCUUACCCAAACUAGUCAUGACUUGAACAGAUACAACUGGUCUUUGAAUGUCCUGGCUGUUAACAGAGCACAGAACAAAUGUGACGACCUGGAUCGGUUUGUUAUGGUGGCAAGGACGGUCCCGGACGAUGCCAAGCAACUGACCACUACUAUCAGUGUCAAUGCAGAGGUGCUCUUCAAACAGGCAUUGGGCGGCUCACGUUUCAAAAACAUACCUGAGAAUAUAAUGAACGCUCCCAACUGUGUCUAUGACAAUCCUCAGAUGCAGCAUCAGGGAGAGCAAGCACAGAACCCCUGCAGUUCCCUUCCUCCGCUCCUGAGUAAAGGUCAGCACCCAUACAGUACCACCAGUGAAGGCUCGGAAAAGAGCUGGAUGGAUGACUACGAUUAUGUUCACCUGCAGGGGAAGGAAGAGUUUGAAAGGCAACAGAAGGAGCUGCUGGAAAAGGAAAAUAUCAUCAAGCAGAGCAAAGUGGAGCUAGAGCACCAUCAGAUCAAUCAGUUUCAACAUCUGGAACAAGAGAUCACCAAGCCAGUAGAGAACGACAUCUCAAAAUGGAAGCCACCUCAAGCUUUCCAGAAUACAAACAGCACUGCCACCUCCCAAGACAGCCGCCUGCUUUUAUUCUACUCUGACCAAUGUGAGACUCAUUUCAACUCCCUCCUAAAUGCCAUUGAUGCCUUUUUCAGUUGUGUCAACUCUUCUCAGCCCCCCCGAAUUUUUGUGGCUCACAGCAAAUUUAUCAUUUUGAGCGCUCACAAACUUGUGUUUAUUGGGGACACACUCGCAAGGCAAAUGACAACUCAGGACAUAUGCAACAAAGUGAUGAACUCCAGCAACCAGUUGUGUGAACUGCUGAAGAGUGUUGUUCUGGCCACCAAGGGGGCUGCCCUGAGUUACCCCAGCACAGCAGCCCUACAGAAGAUGGUGGACCGAGUAACAGAGCUGUCUCAUCAUGCACAGUUGUUCAAACUCUCACUGGUCCAAAUGGCGUCCUUAUGAAACCCAGUAAAAUCCAAUCCGUGAGCAGCAAAACAAGAGCAGAGAAACUGGAGCUAUUUUUAUGUAAAUGUUAUCUUUUUUUUUAGAUAUUUUUUAUUAAAUAUUUUAAAUACAUUCUUGUGCAUUAGAGAGUCUAAUUAAAUCAGGGAUCUGGGAAUAUUGUUUGGUUCUGUAUCACGUUACUUAUACACGUUUAGAUUUGUAUACACUGCAUAUAUGUAUAUGUUGCUACAUUCCCUAAAACAUCAGUUAAGCACCUUAAGAGUUAUGCGUCAGGUAAACAGUGCAUAUCUUUUGUAUAUACAGCCUGUUUCCUCAGUAUAUUUGUUAACUGGAUGCUGCACUCUUCUUGUUUCAUUCCAUCUUGAUGCUGGCACAUGGACUUGGUUGUGAAACCUACUUGUAGCAAUCCAUGAAGCAAGUGUAAUGGUUCUCAUAGAACUCCAUUCCCUUCUUAGAAAUUACUUUCUAUAGGUUAAUUCCAUGAAGUUUAACUCCUCUUGAGGUUACUUUGGUAUGUGAAACAUUUGGUCAUUCUGACCAAGAUAUAUGCACAAUUACAAGGAGCAACAUAACAAGCAAGGUGUACAGCAUUUGGGAGAAGGC